UACAAUUCAGCAACUUCAGUCAUCCAAGGAGAACGAACUAUUAUGAGAUGGUGAUUCGCAGAGUGGACCCUCAUUCUCUGGGAUGCAGCACCACGUAACAGGCCAGUUCUCGGCACCCUCAAUGUUACCGCCUGCGCAAAGGAAGCGACUCAAGGUAGCCGUGGCCUGUAUGCCCUGCCGCCACAAGAAAAUCAAGUGCGAUGGUGUUCGACCAGAUUGUGGUAGCUGUAAAAGGAUAGCAGGAGUGAAAUGUGUAUAUGCCACAGGUCACGUGGAAACAUCCAUCGAUCAUAAGGAACAAUUGUUUCACAGAGCCUCGGGCAAUAGAGAUGCUUUAGAUGGAUCCCGGACUGUCUCCACGCACAAUCAGACUCUACUGAAUGGCUCCUCGGAAGGGUCGGGGCAGCACUCUUGCAUGGCUGGUGGAGGGGGGGUCCCUCUUACCGUAUUAUCAGCAUCACGCUUGCCGCCGGCUGUCAACCAAGGCAAUUUUGAAAGCGAGGCGCACACGGCUGAUUCUAUGAACGGUGUCACUGGGGACCCGAAAUACACCCGCGAUAUCUUCGGUAGAAGCAGCGCGGGCUCAUUUAUGAGGCAGAUCCAGACUGCAAUCAACCCCAGACCGGACGCGUCAUCUUCUGAUCCCCCGGAGAAGGGAGCAGUCACGAGGGGAGAUUCACCCGGAGUCCAACCUGUCUAUUCCUCCUACGAAACAUCAACCCUUCUUCUCCUUCCCCCAAAGGCACUGGCCGACAGUCUGAUGCAGGUCUAUUGGGAUUAUGACUGGACUUUAUAUCCUAUCAUAGAUCGGGGUCAAGUUGAGGAGACCUACGAAUCUCUAUGGACCUCCCGGGACACAAUGAGCUUCCCACUACUUAGAAUGAGUAUCAUUAACUUGUGCUUUGCACUCGGAUGCCAUUACGGUCCAUCAGUACCACCAAAGGAGCGUCGGGAUACAGGUGACAGCUUCUUCUCCCGCGCAGAAUGUUUAUACAAUAAGGCGAAGGAUGCACCGUCCUCCGAGCGAGUGCAAUGUUUACUCCUUUUUGGCGUCUACUUGCAGAGUACGAAAAAUGUCUUUCAAUGCUGGAUGACCGUUGGAGAGGCAAUUAGAAUGGCACAGAGCUUAGGCAUGCAUCUCCCGGAACCUGAAUUUAGCUCGCAAUCUGUCAGCCAUCGGGAGUAUAGACGGCGGAUAUGGCAUGGAUGCGUGUGGCUAGAUCGGGUAUUGUCCGCCACGUUCGGCCGACCGGGUAUGAUCCCGAAUUGGCUAUUCAGCUCGGUCCCGCUGCCCUCAAUGAUCGAUGAUGAGUUCUUCGAGGCCCAGACAGAAGGGUCUGAGAGACGACCGGAUGGUCAGCCUUGCAUAAUGGCCUUCCUUGGAAAGGCCAUUGAGCUCUACCGAAUCCUGGACGACGUUCUGGUUGAGCUGUAUCUGACCUGCAGCCCAAGAGAAGAGGGAAUUGAGAGCAAACUGCCCCAUAUCCUUGAAAUAGACAGUAGAAUACAGUCCUGGAGCAAGUCGCUACCUGGUCAUCUCCAAAUCCAUACAGCUGCAACUGGAAAUACUAUUCUUGAUCGACAGGCAACUGUGCUCCGAAUUCACUCACUGCACGUUCGUAUUCUGCUGUUUCGCCCAACUCUCGUCCGUUACUGCAGUCGCGGGGCGCCAUCGUAUACAGAGAAGCCCAAUGUUUCGGCGGACCCCAGCCUUUCAGAAGUGAUGCUCUUCCAGUGCCCACGCAUGUGCUUCCGGUUUGCUCACGAGUUGAUUGACAUAUUCAAUCGCAAUUUGGAUCCCCAGACUCUGAAUGGGCCACUUCCGGUUUGGUGGUACUCUGUAUUCUAUGUUUACACCGCAGCCACCACAAUCCUCGUAGAGCGCUUCCUCGAGACACGGGAUUCUGCUGAAAACGGCGAGUCGGCCGCUUCUCAAACUUGGCACGCCGCCAUUAACGUCCUCAGGUCCUACGGUGCUCUCUCUGACUGUGCACGGAGAUGCGUGGCCGCCCUUGAAGUCCUUUACAACAACCUCUCUUUAGACAAUGGUGAAAAUGGAACCACUUCUCAUCCUCGUGACGCAGCUUCUGACAGGGAUUCUCUUUUGGGCUUAUUUAAUCAACUAAACCAGCCGGAAGAAAUGAAUGGCCCCGGACUACUCCCGCUCAGCUUUGAUGAUUUGAUCUGGUUAGAUUCGAUCCUGGAGUCUUCUUAUUGAUAGCUUUGCCAAUGUCUGGUAUUUCCAGAGUUAUAUACUAUUCAAGGUAGAGGACCUGUCAAGUAGGUAAGGAUACAUAGGUAAAAUAGUAGUAGAUAGUCUAUCAAUAGAAAACUAGUUCUUGCCUCUA